AUGGCUGCAGAAACUGAUAAUGUGCCAAGAUAUAUACCAAGCCUAAGCCCAAGUAAAUCACCGCUACCACUUCUUAAUAAUGGAACAAGUUCAACAAUGGAGAUGGAAUCACCAUUGACAACUUCAAAUGAGCUAGGGACGGGAAGGCAGAGGGGAUCUUUUAAAGGCCCUGAUUCUUGUACAGAAGAUGGGGUUUUACUGACAUGGGAUGAUUUAUGGGUCACUGUACCUUCAUUAGGAAGUGGUAGUAGUAGCAACAACAACAACGGCAGGGAUCUGCUUCAAGGGCUUAAUGGGUAUGCUCAACCAAGUGAGAUCUUGGCAGUUAUGGGUCCUUCUGGUUCUGGAAAAUCAACUCUUCUCGACGCAUUAGCAGGAAGACUAGCAUCGAACACAAAACAAUCGGGGUCGAUCAAAGUAAAUGGUCGAAAGCAAGCGUUAGCUUUUGGAACGUCGGCUUAUGUUACUCAAGAUGACGCACUCACAACGACGUUAACGGUGAAAGAAUCUGUUUAUUACUCUGCUAUGCUCCAACUACCUGAAUCCAUGACAAAUUUUGAAAAAAAAGAGAGAGCAGAGACAACAAUAAGGGAGAUGGGAUUACAAGAAGCAAUGAACACAAGAAUUGGAGGUUGGAGAAAUAAAGGACUUAGUGGAGGACAAAAGCGAAGAGUAAGCAUUUGUAUAGAGAUUUUAACACGUCCAAAACUUCUCUUUCUAGAUGAACCCACAAGUGGUCUCGAUAGUGCAGCAUCUUAUCAUGUCAUGGACGGAAUUGUGAACCUUACACAACAAUGUGGAAUGACUGUCAUUGCUUCCAUUCACCAACCAAGUAGUGAAGUUUUUGAUCUCUUCCAUAAUCUUUGUCUACUUUCCUCCGGUAGAACAGUUUACUUUGGUCCAACUUCUGCAGCAUAUGAGUUUUUCGCAUUGAAUGGAUUCCCUUGCCCAACUAUGAGAAACCCAUCAGAUCACUACCUGAGAACAAUCAACAAGGAUUUUGAUCAAAUAAGUCUAUUAAAAAAUUUAGACGCUGAACAAGGUUGUGCGGGAAACAAAUUAACAACUACAGAAGAAGCAAUUAACAUAUUAGUUGAGUCAUACAAGUCAUCUCAGUUCUUUCUACAAGUAAAACAUCAAGUAUCUGAAAUCUCUAAUAAGGAAGGGAGGAUACUUGAAAAAGGAAGUCAAACUAACUUCUUAACACAGUCUUUUGUCCUUACAAGAAGUUCAUUUGUGAACAUGUAUCGUGAUUUAGGUUACUACUGGUUGCGUCUUGGAGUCUAUGUCUUAGUAUCUGUUUGUCUUGGUACAAUAUUCUAUGACAUUGGCCACAAUUUUGGUUCAAUACAGGCUCGAGGUUCAAUGCUUAUGUUUGUAGCUACAUUAUUAACUUUCAUGUCAAUCGGUGGUUUCCCUUCUUUCACAGAGGAUAUGAUGAUAUUUGGACGAGAAAGAUUAAACGGGCAUUACGGUGUUGCAGCUUUUGUAAUUGGAAACACACUUUCCUCUAUACCUUACUUACUUAUAAAUACCUUAAUCCCAGGAGCCAUUGCUUAUUACUUAGUUGGUCUUCAAAAAGGACUCGAACAUUUUGUUUUCUUUGUUCUAGUAAUGUUCGUAUCUGUAGUAUUAGUCGAGAGUUUAAUGAUGGUCGUGGCGAGUAUGGUUCCUAAUUAUCUUAUGGGUAUAAUAAUAGGAUCGGGAAUUCAAGCUAUUAUGAUGUUAAACGCUGGUUUCUACAGACUACCAGAUGAACUUCCAAAUCCUUUUUGGAAAUAUCCAAUGUACUACAUUGCAUUCCACAGGUACGCGAUUGAAGGACUCUACAAGAAUGAAUUUGAAGGAUUAAGUUUCCCUGGGAGUCAAGGUAGUGGAUCAUCAACUAUUACCGGUGAAGAGGUUUUAGAAACAGUAUGGCAUAUGCCCAUGGGUUACUCGAAAUGGAUUGAUAUGGUUAUUCUGUUUGGAAUGGUGGUUUUGUAUAGACUAAUGUUCUUUAGUAUUAUCAAGAUUUCUGAAAAGAUUAAACCGUUACUGCAAACCUUCUUAGAUAAAUAA